AUGCUUGUAUCACCAGCUAUAAAUUCGAAAGAAAUACUCUAUAGAAGCGGCUCGAUCGGUUCUAUUAUAUACCUUUUAUCAUCACUCGAAAUUGCCAAUGAAAUGCGGAAAACAAUAGCAGAAAGACGCUUAAAUGAAAAAAUAGAGAAACUUCAUAAAGACAACUUCCACCUAAACAGGAUGACUACAACAGCCACCGAAAAUAAUGAGCUCCAGACAAACAUAUACUCUCAUCUUCUAGUAGAUGCUCUACUAAAUCUUAUGCAGGAUCUUUACCCAAGAAAAGGAUGUCUUAGUGGCUGCGAGGCUCGGGGGGACGCGAUUCAUAUACUGUACAUAUACUCCAAUCCAAAAUCAUCCUCCAACCACGUGUUCGUCGUCGAGUUAGACACCUCCAGGACUUCGAGUUCAACGACGUCAACGACAACCACGUCGGCGUACUUCGCCUGGAGUUCGAAGAUCGAUCUCAAUCUCAAGUCCGGCAAGCCAAUCGUGGCGGUGAUCGACUACGAUUCCGGCAUGAAUAUCGUCAACAUCACCCUCUCACCGUCGUCAACAAAACCCCUAUCCCUUCUCCUCUCCGACAGAAUAGAUCUGUCUCUGAUUCUACACGAAACUAUGUUCAUCAGGUUUUGA